GCACAGCAGUAACGUUAAGCCAAACAGUAAAAAACGCCGUACUCCAGGCCCACAAUGGCCAUAGGACUGCUGUUAGUCCUACGGCUACUAAUAUGCAAAAAAUGGCCUGGGAUGAUGAACUUGCAAAAAUUGCUACAAAAUGGGCCCAACAAUGUCGAUCUGGACAUGAUACAGGUGUAGCUAGAACUGCUAUUUCAUUACCAAAUAUAUACAACGGCCAGAACAUGGCCGCAGGGAUGAGCACGUUUGUUGGUGCUGUCACAGCAUGGCAUGAUGAAGUUGUAGAUUACCAAUAUGGUGUUGUCCAACAUAAAUCAGCACGUGUUGGAUGUGGCCAAGCUGAUUGUGAUGGUACACAAUACUAUAUAUGUAAUUAUGCCAUAGGUCUUCCUGUAUGGGUUAAUAUAUAA